AAACUGUUUCUAGGGCUGUAGUGCGUUCAUUAUAGUUUCAGUCAGCACCAGAGAGAAGAGAGAGAGAGAGAAAGAAAUACACCUGAGAGGAUGGAAGAGCCGCAACACGAAGCCCUGCUGGAGAGAGCCUCCAGCUCCGACUCUAUGACUGAGCCAAGGCGCAAGAACAGCAAUGUUAAAGCACUGAAGGUGACUGGUCUGACCGUGUUGGCAUGUCUCCUGCUGGCUGGUCAGGCUUUCACAGCCUACUAUGUUGUGGGACAGAAGGAUCAUCUCCAGGCUCUGGAGAAGGGUCAGGAUGCCCUGAAGAAGGAGAUGUCUCGCAUGCUAACAGUUGCUCCUAAAAUGAUGCACAGUGCCAUGAGCAAAAUGCCAUUGAUGGUGGCCAUUGAUGAGGACAGCCCCAAACAGCGCAUACCACUCACGAGACUGCAGUCAUCCAGCUUCGCAAUGCAGAAGGAGGGAAGUGGCCUUGUGGAUGAAGGUCCCAGAGCAUUUCCUAAGAGGGUCAUGACACCCAUGAACCACAUGCCGCUGCUCUCUGAAUUCAGCCUGGACAAGGUUGAGGAGGCUAAGCCAUCUGAGGUUCCCGCUGCCAUGGUGGAGACUAAGUGUAAGCUGGAGGCUGGGAAGAUCAGGCCAGGCUUCUUUCAGCCACAGUGCGAUGAGGAGGGCAACUACAAACCCAGGCAGUGCUGGUACAGCACUGGCUAUUGCUGGUGUGUGGAUAUUAACGGCAAUGAGAUCCCUGGCACUCUGAAGCGCGGCCCCGUGAACUGCAAUGGAACCAACGUAGACGUCUAAAUGCUUGGAUAAAGCCAGAAGAUUGGAAGCACUGUUGGAUAAAAUCUUACAUCAUGAAUCAAACAUUAUCAAUAACAUGUUUGUUAUUAAAAAUCAGAUACUAUUAACUGUCCUGUCUAGUAUUCAUCUCUUAUCUGACUCUUUUAUUUCACCUUAGAAUUGAGCAAAGUGAUUAUUACUUGAUAAUUCCAAAUAAAUUCAUCUAGCAUCUCAUUUUGUUUUUAUUCUAUUUAGAUUAGAUGUUUACUGGUAAUUACUGUUACAUUCAAAACAGUUGCUACAUACUGACACAGGUUAUGGCUGUAUUCUUUUAUUUUCUUUUGUUUGUUAUUGAUUUUCCUAUUUAAAUUUUUUUUAAUCUUAAGGCAUGUUUAGAGAUGGCAAAAGACUGUAGGAUAUGGGUCUAUGAAUGGAAAAAAGGAAUGUAUUGUAAAUAAGUGGCCUUCAAAUAAACCAUGCCUCCCUAUUCUA